UCCUUUCAUUUUCUUGUCUUUUCUUUCAGUGAUGCACACACUCAAAGGUUUCACAACAUCAUCUUCUCAAACUGCAAAGCUACCAGAGUACUGGGAGGUCACGUAUGUUGACGACGUUGAGAUUUUGCAUUUUGACAGCAACAGCAGGAAAACGAAAGCCAAACUGGACUGGGUGGACAAUAUCACAGCAAAGGAUCCAGAAUUCUGGAAGCGAGAGAACGAGAAUAACAUUGUCAAUGAGCAGGUGUCCAAAGUCAACAUUGAAAUCGCUAAGGAGCACUUCAACCACACUGGAGGAGUUCACUUGAUCCAGAGGAUGUAUGGUUGUGAAUGGGAUGAGGAAACCGGUGAAGUGGAUGGUUGGGAACACUACAGUUAUGACAGCGAAGACUUCAUCUCAUUUGAGCCGAGAACAACGAGAUGGAUCGCGGCGCAUCCACAAGCUUCCAUAACAAAAAACAAGUUGGACCAAGUCGGGUUGAAUGAACACAAGAAGUAUUCCCUUACUGAGAUAUGUCCUUUCUUCUUGAAGAACCAUGUGAUUAAUGGGCAGGACUUCCUGAUGAGAACAGAGCUUCCCACAGUGUCUCUCCUCCAGAAGACGCCUUCCUCUCCGGUCACCUGCCACGCGACAGGUUUCUACCCCGCCACAUCGGCCCUUUUCUGGAGGAAGGACGACGAGGAGCUCCAUGAGGACGUGGAGAUGGUCCAGCUCCUCCCCAACCACGACGGAACCUUCCAGACCACGGCCCACCUGAGGGUGGAGGUGACGCCCGACGCGGAGGGCGAGUACGAAUGUGUGUUCCAGCUGGCCGGCGUCAAGGAAGCCGUCGUUGUCAAGCUGGACAGCAGAAGCAUCUUGAGCAACGCGCGCAUCCAAGAAGAACAAGUCAAGGAGAUAUUGGUGGCCAGCGCUGUCUCGUUGUGGGUCCUGGCUCUGUUGACAGCGGGGUUGGCGGUGGUCCUUGUCAAGCAUGGCAGGACCAAACAAGCUGCAGACGCUCAAGUGCCUGCGCCCAUUGCCUCGGAUUCCAAGCUCCUUUCCACGUCUGACUCUGAGCCAGUUUCCGAGCACGACGCAGCAGCCGUUUCACAACAUCGAAGGGAAGAUUGCAGACAUGAAAAUUACCUCCCGCGAUCGACCCGUGACUGCACACGGGCGCAAACGCACCCACUGAGACACACUUGCUGACCGACCUUCGUCGAGAUCUGAGGCACUUUUGCAGCGUGUUUACGAUCGUAGCUCAUGUGUACCAUUUUGAAAUGCUUCUCUCUGCCCUCCAGAUUACCAUUCCAUUGCCAGUACACUCGGUGAAUUGUACACGAAACGCUGAUUUUUUUUUUUGCAGCAGCAGCCACCUGCCUGGCAUUCCGCCCUGCUCAUAGAAACAUGUGUCGCAGGCUAUGACGCAAAUCCUUGUUGUCAGAAAUGUUGAAAUGUAUUCUACACAUUUUUACAGCAUUGGAAAACGUUAAGAAUGUUUGUGGCGUGUUUUUGCUCCGACAGAAACCACAUUAAAACAAAAAAUAUUCCAUUUUCAAUUGAAUAAGCUCCGGGGAGCCACUAGGGCGGCGCUAAAGAGCCGCAUGCGACUCUGGAGCCGUGGGUUGUUGACCACCUGGAUCGUACAUCCUCACUUUUGCCUUGAUAGUUUUUGGUUUUGUAAGAAUCCUUUUUGUCAAGUUAUUUUUGACUCGCUUUAAGUUCGUGUGUGUGGA